AUUUCUGUGUUUAUUCGAUGGAUCUUGAGAAUAUAACAGCUUUAUUAUCGCUAUAUAGCAGUAAUACAUGAUUUACGUGCAUGUGCGGUGUGAAACCGACCGGCCGGCUAUCGAAGCCUUUUUGUUAUUAUCCCGGAGUGAGUACAGCGCUUUUAUUCAUAUUUCACUCUUCCUGGCUGGUCGGGUUCACAUAAGAAUCGUUAUUUCGUAAAAAUUAAAACAAGGUUUGGGUUGAUGUUGCAAAAUGACUUAUCCAGCCAGGCAUAAAAUCACUCGGUCGCUUACAGUUUGCAAUAUGCAGUUAUGCGACCUAAAGCAAAAGCGGAAACCAAAUUGCAUACAAUCAUGACAGUUCAAAAAAUUGAAAACAUAUAUAUAUUGGCUUUCCAGUUCGUAAAUUUGAAUAUGUCCCACAGCAUUGAAUCGAUCCAAGUCGUCAAACAGAUUCGAAAAUGGUAAACCAUCAUGAAAAUCAAAUUAAACUUUGUUUGAAGUGGCUUCUCCAAUGUCGUGUGUCGUGUAAAGAAAUGAUUAUAAUUAUAAUUAUUUUGAGUUUCGCCUUUUUUAAUCGUCCUCUGAGUUUCUGUUAACCCUACAGUUAAUGUAAAUAACGCAAGAACACUUCGAGAGUCUUACUAACCAAAGCGGAAUAUUUUCUCGAAUAUUACGAGCUUCGCAGAUGAUUGUUCACAAUUGACUAAAUAUUAUGUUUCAAUACGCAGCUGGCGAACUGGAAACUCGCCUUUUUAUUUUUCCAGAAUCUUCUUUUGCGUCGCCGAAUUUGAAUAAGAAACCAGACGACUGGAGUAUGGAUUAAAAUCAGGAUUCCAACUCAGUUUUGUUCAAGAAGCGUAGUGCACACAUUUGAAUAUCAGCCAAAUUUGCGGGGUAUUUAUCGGUAAUAACUUUUCAAGCAAGAACUGAACUGAGUAGGAGUGUAAGAUCGUUAAGUAACUUCCACAGAAAAUGGCAAUUUCGGGCGCAUCGAUAGAUGAAUAAAACAGCACUUAUUUCAGAGUAAACAAAAUUUGAUUCCCAAGCUAAACAGCAUGUACAGUCAGCCUGAGGCCACAAGACGGACGGCAGGUUGGUUAGAAACAACGCUGAUGAAGAUUACUGGCCUAUUUAAUUCUCAGAUAACAUAUUUAAGCUGAAUUAUUUUAAGUUCGUUACACGAUGCCCGGCUAAACUUUGUCGAGUAAUGGUAAAUAACUAUGAUUUUUCGUGCGUUAUAAGGAAAGCGAAUAAGGGAUGUUUCGGGAACGAUUAACGGUUACCAUUUUUGGUAACAGCUUAAUUAGAACGAAUUUAACGACAACAUGAAAAACCGAUAAUUUUCAAAAAACCCUCAAAGAUUAAUAGCUUAGAAUUUUCAAUUAUGACCACCAUAACCUUCACAAAUCGACGUAAGCGCUGGAUUAAACAUUCGGUAAGCAAAUCGAUUAAUGCAAUACCUUUUAAAAAUGUAAAUGAUGAGCCAUACGUCAUUUAUAGUCUUGACAAUGUUACUUCUUCCGCUGGUAAACAUUAAAGUGAAAAUUGUGUCACUAUACAUACAUGUAUAUACUGAGUUUUAAUCUUUUUAAUGUCACUACUAGAGUUUCAUUGCAUUUCCAGUCUGAAGAUGAGAGACAUUUCUCCUUGGACAUGGCUUGUGUGACGCGGAAGGCAUGGAAGACAAUUCGCCAUCUUUGUUACAAAAACGCAGCUGGAUUUCACGUCAGAGCAUUAACAAGGAAUUUCUCAAAUCAUAUUCCGGAAUCAUACGAAUAGCUGAGAUGGUGAGCCUUGCAACUUGUUUUGGUGCAUUGCUGCAUUAUGUCAAGCUGGUUGCCAAGACAACAGUAACAGACACUACGUUUUUAGUCACUACGGGCGUGUCGUAUUUUGUGACAUUAAUUCUAUUUCUUACAAUAGCCUUCGAUCCACAGCAGAAAUUCAUCAGAUCCACUAAAACCUGCAAUAUCUUAAUGGCCGUUUUCACACUAGCAACCUCUAUUGCGUUGUUAACAUCAUCAAGCCUACUCGCAAGCGAGGCAGCUAAGCUGGGUGACUCCCAUCAUCAUGUGCCAUACCGGGACAAGUGUGGGAAGUGCAGUAAGAUUAACAUCGCCACGAUAUUUGGCUUUCUAUCGUGGAUCUUAUAUACAGUGGAUUUUUUUCUUCACAUGAGACAGUAUGGUCAGUUUCCUUGUUCCAAACGGAAGGGAUGUAGAGUGACUGUACAACAAGUUUCACCAAUGACAGACAAUGAACAAGAAGAGGCUGCCGCUCAUGCAACCUUGAACUGAAGACAAGAAAGCUUCGCCUUGAAACGUAAUUUAAACAAACUGGUGGUCUUUAUGUGGUCGAUAAAAUGAAAGUUGGUGGAAAAAGCAAUUGUUUUUUUUAGUGUGGCAUUAAAACGAUAUCUUACACAGCCAUUUUCAACAUGGCAUCAAGAUGGUGAAUAUCCUCGAAGUCCUCCUGACGUCUGUUUCUUUCCGGCCAAGCAUCGCAAAUGAGGGUAAAUCCGGGAUCAGUUGAAAGUUUCCAAAGUAAAAUUUACGAAGAAAAUGUAUUGUAUUCAAGGAGAUGAAAGCAAGGAAAACAAGACGCCGAAAUGGCAAAUAUUUAAACUCAGCAUUUUUCUGAUCUACGUUCUCCAAGACAUCGAAUUCGUUGCUUCAAAGCACGAACAAAUCGAAGAGAGACAUGACAACCCCGGAGAGGGGGGCUCCCAUUUAAAAAGGGGUCAGUCAUCGGAAAUUUUGAAAAGAACGCCUAAAAGGUGCCAAGAGCCUGCUUUGAGGGCGUGGGUUGAAAUUUUUCUCACCCCUGAGAGGUAUACCUACCAAUUCUAAAACAAUAAGUUAUCUCCAGCCAUAAUUUUUUUCGGCUCAAUACCAGAAAAGGCACAUCAAAAGCUGUCGCUGUCGAACUUUUGAGGCUGAACACUCUACGAGGUAUCAAAACAGCUCUUUAACCCCUAAAGGAUACGACGAGCAACCCCGUCCUUUUACUAGGGGAGGCCCCCCCGGAUUAUAACGCUCCAAAUUUGAAAAUAUAGCAAACGUCCCCGUUUAGAUCUAAAUCGUCACCAAAUAGUGAAAUCAAGUGCUAUUUCCUUUUGACAAUCCCCUUGCAAAAAAGGCAGAUUAAAAAAGUAGAUUACAGCUAGAUUUUAAAAAAAUAUACACGAGCUUAAACGCACUCUGUGGCAAGCGCAGAAAUAAAGUCAGUCUUUAUGUAAAUGUAUUUGGCCUUGCCUUUGUAGGCUCGAUUACCAGCCGCUGUUCGAGAAAGGAGCCCACGCUACUACUCCGAACUCCGCGGCGGGGGUGGGGGAAGGGAGGUAAACUCUCUCGGUGAGGAACGUGGAGGGGACUUGAGUGAGUGGCGGAAAUCGAGCCUAGUCUUUGAGAAGGAAGUGAAGAAUGAAUGCAAUAUUAAUCUGGUGGAAAACACAGGUCGGCCGACGGAUUACCGACGGUCGGUUUCGGGACCUCUUCUUCACAUUUGCCAUAAUUCGCGUGUGACAUUUUAAUUGCAAAUCUCUGGAAAGGUAAUGAGGAAAGUAAAGAAGAGGAUUAUGGAACCAAUUAUGCUAUCAGUAUAUACAUUUUGAAGGGAUUUUCUUCAAUCGAACGGGGUGGUUGUACUAGAUUUUUUAAGGCUAGAUUCUUUAAGGCCGUCAGAGCUGCAAACCAUUUUAAAGCGGGAUUCUACCUGAAAUAUGCUCCUUUUUUGCACAGUUGUGACAACCCUGAUUUUCAUCAAAACCCUAACAAACUAUAUAUCACUGGAACGUUAAUUCCUUGCAAAUUACAAAAAUGUAUAUUUCGAUGCUGUGUCAAUUAUUGUAAUCUGAAAACGUGUUCUCAAAGUAUCACAUCAUGCUGUGUAUGA